UCUCCAUUAUCUUACUCCACUUGUGUUGUCGUGUUUGCACAAAGUCCAAACUCACACAACCGAACAAACAAAAAACCAUAACUGCUCUCUCUCAAACACACACACAUGUUUUACUUUUAAAGUAACAACACUUCUUCUUCUUUCUUUCUUAUACAAACCAAACUAAGAAACUACACAACACAUUGCAAUUUCACCAAAAUGCAAACUCAAACUCAAAUUCAAAUUCAAAUGCAAAUUCAAAUUAAGUUUCAUUUCUCCUUCUUUUUCUUUUUCCUUAUUACUAUUCUUCUUCCUUUUGUAAAACCUGACCUCACUUCCGAACGCGCCGCUCUCUUAACUCUACGCGCCGCCGUACGCGGCAGAACCCUACUCUGGAACACCACCGUCGCCACUCCCUGCAACUGGUCCGGCGUAAAAUGCGACCAAAACCACACUCACGUUGUUCAGCUUCACCUCCCUGCCGUCGCACUCUCCGGCGAACUUCCCGCCGGCGUAUUCUCCGACCUCCCUAACCUCCACACUCUCAGCCUCCGCUUCAAUUCUCUUUCCGGUCCUCUCCCCUCCGACCUCGCCGCAUGCACCUCACUACGUAACCUCUACCUCCAGCAGAAUUUUCUCUCCGGCGAAGUUCCGGCGACAUUCUUCCGUCUGACAAGUCUCGUCCGUCUCAAUUUGGCUUCCAAUAACUUCUCCGGUCAAUUUCCGGUAGGGUUCACGAACCUAACCCGGUUGAAAACCCUAUAUUUACAAAACAACCGGUUCACUGGUUCUUUAAGUGAGAUGAACCGGGUUCAACUCGCUCAGUUCAAUGUUUCAAACAACAUGCUAAACGGUUCAGUUCCUGAAAAGUUGCAAACUUUUGGUAAAGAUUCAUUUUUGGGUAAUUUCUUAUGUGGAAAACCACUUAACCCUUGUGGGGGUGCAAAUAGUGGAAAUGGAAAACAAAACGGUGCAAAUAGUAAUUCAAGUGUUGUUGAUGAAAAUCAAGGGUUUGUGAAGAACAAUAAGAGAAGAAAAUUAUCUGGUGGUGCUAUAGCUGGAAUUGUAAUUGGUUCUGUUGUUGUUCUUUUGUUUGUUGUUUUUGCUUUGAUUCUUCUUUGUAGGAAUAGGAAUGGUGAAAAGACAAGUUCAAUUGAUGAAGUUGCAGCUACUUUGAAGCAUAACCAACAUGGUGAAGAUGGAAUUGAGAUUGAGAAUGUUGGAAUUGGAAAUGGAAAUGGAAAUGGAAAUGAAAAUGAAAAUGGGUUUUCUUCGACCUCGGCCGUGACGGUGGUGAAUGGUGGUAGGGAGAAAAAAUUGAUUUUUUUUGGGAAUUUUGGGAAGGUGUUUGAUUUGGAGGAUUUGUUAAGAGCUUCUGCUGAGGUAUUAGGGAAAGGGACAUUUGGGACAUCUUAUAAGGCAGUUUUGGAGGUUGGUCCUUUGAUGGUGGCUGUGAAGAGGUUAAGGGAUGUGAGUAUUAGUGAAAGGGAAUUUAAGGAGAAGAUUGAGAGGGUUGGUGCAAUGGUUCAUGAAAAUUUGGCACCUCUUAGGGCUUACUAUUAUAGUAGAGAUGAGAAGCUUCUUGUUCAUGAUUAUUUGUCUAUGGGAAGCUUAUCUGCACUUUUGCAUGGAAACAAAGGAGGGGGCAGGACACCACUGAAUUGGGAAAUGAGAUCAAGCAUUGCACUCGGAGCUUCUCGCGGCAUCGAGUAUUUACAUUCACAAGGGCCUAAUGUUUCUCAUGGAAACAUAAAGUCAUCUAACAUCCUAUUAACCAAAACAUAUGAUGCAAAGGUUUCUGAUUUUGGUCUUGCACACCUCGUUGGUCCUUCACCCACACCCAACAGGGUUUCCGGCUACCGCGCUCCUGAGGUUACCGAUCCUCGAAAAGUUUCUCAGAAGGCUGAUGUGUACAGUUUUGGUGUAUUGCUCUUGGAACUCUUAACCGGAAAGGCUCCAACUCACGCUGUGUUGAACGAGGAAGGAGUGGACCUUCCUAGAUGGGUGCAAUCGGUUGUUAAAGACGAGUGGACUUCUGAAGUCUUUGAUCUUGAACUCCUUAGGUAUCAAAAUGUCGAAGACGAAAUGGUUCAGUUGUUGCAACUUGCUGUAGAUUGUGCUGCCACAUACCCCGAUAACCGCCCUUCGAUAUCUCAAGUGAGACAUCACAUAGAAGAGUUGCAUAGAUCUAGCUUGAAAGAGAGUCAAGACCAAAUUCAACAACCUGAUUUCAUCAAUGACUUUGACGAUAUCGCUUCUCGAUGAGUUCGACUCUAUCUGACUUACCAACUGAUGAACUGUUUUUGAGUAAAUCUUUUAGACCUUGAAAUUGUAAGGGUCGAUCAAUUUAGUCCCGUAAAUUUAUGAAAUAGCAAUUCAGUCUCUUAAAUUGAACAACCUAAGUAAAUUUAAUCAUUUAGCACAACAAUUCUAAAAGUUUUAUAUUUAUCUUAACGCAAAAAGAGACUAUUUAAGUCAAUAUGCAAAUCUUUUAUUGAUUUGGAUAGAUAUUAACUAAAGAUAUAUUUUUGAUUGAUAUAAUCUUUAAUUUAAAUGACUGAUUUGUUAUUUUGUAAAUUUGAGGGACUAAAUAGUAUGAUGAAUGCAAUUUCGAGGAACGAAAUGCUGAUUUACUAAUAUCUUUUUCUUGAAUCAUGUGCUUAUGUUGUAACUUUUAUUAGCUUGAGCCUCAAUUUUCAUCAACACCUCAACUUUGUAGUGUCACCUCCUUUUUAUCCUCUUUUUCUUCACAAUCAAUGUCUUAGGGGAAUGCAUAUCUGUUCCAUAAGUUAUUGGAUGUAGAUUCUUGUUGAUGUAAUUAUUAUUCCUGCUUUAGCAUUUACUUUUAUUUUUGGUGAAACCUUUUUCUCUGUUGAAAGUGAGAUGAUAUUUAGUUGCUGUCA